UUUAGUCAUAUGAGCAUCAAAGAAUGUGAUAGACAAGCUAUAGAUGAAAGAGCUGAAGCUUUAAAAAUAGAGAACGCCAUUAAAUCUGUACUGGCCAAAGGCAAUUCAAACAAGAAUUUACCCCUAAAGGCCAAAAAGUGCUACAUUCAAGACAGGUCAAGUUCUCAAGUGAGAAGGUUAAGCUUAUUAGACAAAGAAGAUACCUGUUACAUUGAGUACACCAAAAUGGAAGCCCGUAAGUUGCUAGCACAAUUCCCAAAAAAGUCAACUUAUACCAAUAAUACCACAAUUGCUAAAACAAAAAUAAAGGUGGUGGAAAAUCGCAGGAAGAAUAUCUUCACCGUUUGUAGCAAGGAAGGCAGCACAUGUAAAACUGCAUCAAAAGAUGAUAAAAACCAACAUAAAGUCUUUGCCAAGUUAUGUGCCAAGGGCUAUCAUCAUUCAGAUUCUGAAAGGCCAAUAAAAGCUGUUGCAUCAGUUACUGGCAGUGAGGCUAACAACAGAAACAUGAAACAGGCAGGCCCCGGAUUCAUGCCACCCACUUCUUCUGUUCCUGAGAUGCCAGAAAAUCAGCCAUACAUGUCAAACUUUCCUCCAGUGCCAUUUUUUUGGAUGCCCCAUGGAAUGCACUAUGGACAGUUCCAGCAAGUUACUCGCCAUGUGUUGCCUUUGCCAUAUCAUCCCAUGAUGUAUUACAUGCAUUACAUGCAUCUAACUUACCAGAUGAGAGGUCCCGGUAUCAGAGGCUAUCCUAGAAUGGCAGGUGAUGGACCACGAUACCCCCUUCUUCCCCCUUAUAGAGUGUCAGUAUACAGCCAGAACCUGUCUUCCAGUGGAAAUCGCAUGCAGCCAUUCUGAGUCAUUUUUUAGCCCUGAAGUCAAGAACUCAGGUCAAAACAGAAUACAAGAUAUUUCAAUAAAAUGUGACAAAGUAAAAUCACCCAUAUAUCCAAUGUGUUUUCAUGUUCUUUUAUUUUUCUAUUGGCGUCUUUGUUUUGCUAAAUAAUAAAUAAAGAAUUAUCCAA